UUAUUUCUUUAUUUCUACUUAAUAUUAAAUUAAUUAUAAUGACAAUGCAUUGUGGAGGAACUCGUUGUGCAAAAGAUUCUUGCAGGUGUACAUGUGCUUGUCAGUUUGCCUGUAUGGGGCCUUGUGCUAAAUGCAGAAGGCAUCAAAUGUUAAGACAAUGCUUACUUUCUAAGGGAGCCAAUAUUUGUGGACAAUGUUGUGGCCAUUCAAUUUGUGAGUCAGGCUGGAGUGAAACCAAAAGUAGACGAAAUGUAACAUCAUCUAGAACAACCUCUUAUUAUUAA